AUGACCAUAAUCAUUCGGUUUGUGGAUAGGCCUACUUCAGAGACAGAGAAUGAGACUGAAUCAGUAUUCAUAAAGGAACACUUCUUGGGAUUUGUGUCGCUUACGGAGACAACUGGAGCUGGUAUGACAGAAACUAUUCUUCACCAGUUAGAAGAGAUGUCACUGCCUAUAGAAAACUUGCGUGGUCAAGGUGCACAUUCAUUGAAUUUGGUUGUUAAUGAUGCUGCAAAAUGUUGCUUGGAGGCAACUGUCUUCUUUGAUUUAGUUCAACGUGUUUAUGUGUAUUUGUCAGCUUCUACACAUCGCUGGGAAGUUCUAACAUACCACGUAUCUAAUCUCACAGUUAAACCAUUGAGUGAAACAAGAUGGGAAAGUCGAAUUGAUGCCUUGAAACCUCUUCGCUGUCAGCUUGGUGACAUCUAUGAUGCUCUGAUAGAGAUCUAUGAUGACACUACUCUUACAGGAUCAUCUGGCACUACGUCACGAGUUGAUGCAAAGGAUCUUGCAAAACCCAUUUCUAGUUUCAAGUUUCUUAUUUCUCUUGUUGUGUGGUAUGACAUAUUGUUUGAGAUCAACAUGACUAGCAAACAACUUCAGGCAAAAGAAUUCGACAUAAGUGACGCCAUUAAUCAACUUGGAGAAACCAAGAAGUUUCUCAUAGGCCGCAGAAGUGAUGCAGACUUUGAGAAAACAUUGGUAGAUGCAGGUGAACUUGCGGAGGAGUUGGAUGUACCGGCACUUUUUGAACCAGAUCCAAUCCGUAUUAGAAAAAAGAGGAAGCAGUUCACAUAUGAAGCAGAUGACGAACCUAUUUACAAUCCGAAAGAAAAAUUCAAAGUGAACUUUUACUUUGCAGUCAUCGACACAGCAAUACAUUCAGUUGAAGAAAGAUUCACAUUGAUGCAGCAAAUUAGUUCAGUAUUUGGCUUCCUAUAUGAUGUUUACAGUUUGCAAAAUACAACACCAAAGCAAAUUAUGGAACAUUGCUUGAAUCUGGAGCAAGCUUUGCAACAUGGUGAAUCCAAAGAUAUUGAUGCCUUUGACUUGUGCAAUGAAUUGCAAGCUAUUGCACGACGAGUCCAAAAGAGUGCAUCUCCGCAAGAUGUAUUGAACUUCAGAUGCACAAAUAACCUGACAGAUAGUGUCCCUAACACAGUUAUUGCUCUUCGCAUCCUCUUGACUCUCCCAGUUUCUGUGGCCAGUGGUGAGCGAAGCUUCUCGAAGCUCAAGUUGAUAAAAACAUACAUGCGAACAUCAAUGUUGCAACAAAGACUUGUUGGGCUAUCUACCUUGUCAAUAGAACAUGACAUUGCUCGCAGCAUUGACUUGGAGGAACUUGUUUCUAAAUUUGCUAAACUGAAAGCGCGGAAAAAUAAAUUCUAAAUUAUAACGUGUUACUCUGUGACAGUGUAUUGUGUA